AGCAUCUCCAGCCAAGAGCGAGAGGAAGAUCCGCGAGCAGCAAAACCGGGGGUGGGCGUCAGGGGGAAGAGCUGACCGGGCACGGGGCAGUCUGCGGGAUAGAUCUAAGGUGGGUUUCUGCUCUGUGUAACAGCCCAGGCUCAACAGCCUUAAAAAAGACCAACGUGUAGGUGAGGAACAUCAGACUCCAUCCAAAUAUUUUGAAUUAUAAAAGAAAUGAAACUUGCAAAUGAUAGUGCAACUUCCAGAGACACAUUUGACUGGGACUAUGUUCUCUGGAGUGUUCGUUUAAAGUUAUUGACAUCUGGGUUUUUUAUCUACCUGGGAGUAUUUUUUCUAGCUCACUGGCUGUCAUCAUGGAUCAGUGCCAGUUAUCCUGCUUUGUCAACAAAAAAGAAGAUCGACUGGAACAUGGAUAUCGCACGUGGUGUGUUCGGAGUUCAGUGUUCGGUAGCUGGGUUCUGGGCCUUGCUUAUAGAUCCAGUUUUCCAAGCUGACAAAGUGUAUUCACAGCAAAAUUGGAGCUGGCUUCAUUGCUUAGUAGCCUCUGGCUUCAUGUUACUUGACGAUGUAUAUCUUCUUGUGUCUGAUAUUGUUUUCAGGGCACGUAGUGUGAUCUUGUUAGUUCAUCAUUUUUUUGCUUCUGGUGCACUUCUUGGUCUGAUAAUUAACAUAAAGUCUGGACACUAUCUAAUCCUGAUAGGACUUCUGCUUGAGAUGAUCACUCCAUUAACCUGCAUCAAGACAUUGCUUACAAUGACUGGCAACGCUAAUACCCUUUUUGGGAAGGUAAACCGAUGGGUGCGUGUUCAUAUUCUACACUGCCGUGAGGUUCUUACUUAUCACAUGUGGUGGGUGUGUAUUUCCAACUGGAAUGAUGUGGUGGAAAAUCUGGGACUUCCAUAUUUUAUUGUCUUUUUCAUGGGGCUAAGUAUACUUACAUUUAUAAUUAAUCCAUACUGGAUAUACGUAACGACUCUACAGCUCUUUGGUCCAAUUGACACAAACUCUCCAAAUACAGCUGUGGAAAAAGGAUCCUCUGGAAAAUUAAAUAGUGAAACAUUCCAAAAGAAGAAGAUAUAGUUUUGUAAGAGUAUUGUUGAAUAAUUAUAUUUGACUCUUCCAGUCUCUGUUUUACUGAUGAAAUGUAUGCUUCUUUGCUGUUCAACAGUUUUCCAUCAUGGCUUUGCAGUGAUGAAAUAAGCUUUGGUAUAUAUCUUUCGGAAAAUAAAGCCUUUUCCCAAAGA